UACAUCGCCCUGAACAAGGACUUGAGCUCCUGGACCGCGGCCGACAUGGCGGCUCAGAUCACCAGGCGCAAGUGGGAGGAGGCCGGUGAGGCAGAGCACAGCAGGGCCUACCUGGAGCACAGGUGCGUGGAGUGGCUGCGCAGAUACCUGGAGCACGGCAUGGAGACGCUGCAGCGCACAGGUGACAAGAGAGAAGGCUAUGAUAAGGCUGCAAGUGAGUGCCAUGGGGGAGGAGGUGACCUUUGUUGUGGUGCAGACAGGACCUGUGGGAGCUCAUGCACCCCGGAAUUCCUCCAGUGAGGCCUGUGUUCUCUAACCAGUUCCUCUCUUCCACCACAGGAGACGACAGUGACCAGGGUUCUGAUGCUUCCCUCAGAGCUAAAAAAGGUGAC